AUGUCGUUCUGGACUGCUUUCCGACUGAGCGGCAGCAAUGUCAGGAUCGCGGCAGCUUCAUUCGCCCGAGCUGGAUUGUCGCGCAUGCGUCCAUCCACAGCAGCAGCAGCAGCAGCAGCAGGCAUGUCCAUGUCCACGAUGGCGGCGCCUGCUGCUGCUGCUGCUCAGCCGCGUCGGAUGCGCGCGCUCGCGUUGGCUGCGGCGUCUGGCUUUGCUGCAGUUUCCAUUGCUGCGGCUGCCAUUGCAGCGGCAAAGCGUGAGGUUGUCCGCGCAGAGCCGCCAAACACGACCCAGCACGACACUGAAUAUGCGUUUGACAAGAGCUCAGGAGCACGGUUUCCGACACACUUGACGCUGGCAAACACGAACCUGGCGCUGGUCGGAACGGGCGUGCGCACAGUCACCUUCUUGCAAGUCCAAGUCUACGCGAUUGGGCUCUAUGUUCCAGACUCGGCGGGGUUGAAGCUUGCCAUCCAACGUCACCGUGACCAACUUGUGCCAUCCACUGCCGCCGAAACCCUGAUCAACCUGAAGCAACCGCUCUCCAUUCGUUUGGUCGCUGUGCGCAACCCCGAUAUCAAGCAUUUGCGAGAAGCCCUUGGUCGCGCAAUGGCGGCACGAUUGAAGCACAUCCAGGAUCCUGUGGAGCGUGCGGGCGCUCAGAUGGCGGUCGACCAGUUCAAAGCCUUGUUUCCUCAGGGCAAAAUCGCGCCUGGCGAUGCCGUCGACUUUGUCCUGCGCCCUGACGGCGUCUUGCAACUGUCUUUGCGGGGUGAAUCUCUCGGGACUGUCGCAUCCAAGUUUGUUCAAACUUCCAUCUUGGACACUUAUAUUGGCGCGUCGUCUGUCUCUCUUGAGGCUCAACGUAACUUUCUGAGUGGUCUGCAAGCCUUUGCUUCCCAAUGAGCCGGGUUCCCUGCCACCUCCAAAGAGUUGAAACUUGUACUUUUUUUUUUUAAAACUGUAUUUUUCUCUGCCUGGGUCCAUAUUCGCCCCUGUCGUGUUUCCUCCCCUCCUCUCUAUUCCAUUGCGCUUGAUCCACCUU